AUGCAUUUUGACCGCCCUACGCACCAAAGUGUAAUCACUGCGCUCCGGAAGCUGAAAGACAGACCUUUUGCUGAAAAAGGUUUGACGACUGCGAUGAAUGGGUUGAGCAACUACGGAAUUUUCAUCCUCUCCCGUGAUGUUGACAACGGUUUCAUGCGGAUACAGCAUGUGGAAGCCCAGCAGGCGUGGCUUUACUUGAAAUCCGCAAUGUUAUCAUAUGGUCUGUGCAGUGCUUGGAUCACCACGUGCUCCACCGCGAAACGGUCGUUGCAUGAUCCUCAUGGCUCAGCAUCAUGGACCAAACCAGUCGGUACACACUGGGUUAAGGUAAAUCUUGAUGAUGUGGAACCCAUACUGGCUUUCCUAUUCCAGCACAUGCAGUUCUCUUUCGGUGCCCAUCGAGGAUGGCAAACCGAAGGAAUCAUGAUGGGACAGGCGGCUGGUGGCGAAAUCUUCCGGAUGGUGCUUGUAGCGCAUGAGGGCAAGGCCUUGAGUUCUGGUACUUGGCUGGACUUCAAAUCCACCUUCCAUGACUGUUCAUUCUGUGGCAUCCGCUUUGUUGAUGAUCUGCGUAUUCUCGUCUUGUAUCCCCUCGUUUAUGGUGAGGAAUGGGCAGCUCGACGUGCAGAGGAAAUGUUGAACUACGUGUACCCUCCACACCUUGUCAUGAAGGAUGAUGCGGUAAACCCUUUUGUGGGGAUGAGGUUGCUUUGCAUGCACGGUUCCAUCCAUUGGUGUGCUCAUCACAAACCUUUGGGUGAGGUGCUUGCCUACAACCAGCGGUACCGACAAGCUUUGCUACCAUGGUGCUCGUUCUCACCAUCUUCUACUUUCGAAGCGGUCCUCAUGGGUGGCUUUUCAAGAUGCAUGUUGCUCUCUAGCAACCAUGAGUGCUUGGUACAUUCUCUCCGGGACUUCAUCAGCAUGAUCACUCUUCACUCUGGCUACCCCUCCAGCGUUGUGAUUCAGAAGCUCAAAACCUGGACCCGAAAGGUUUCUCAUGAUCGUAAUAUUUUGAAAGAUUGUCUUGCAGCUGCACCAACAGCGUGCGAUUGCGAGUCCAACUCAUUUAGCGCGCGCCACAGCUUGUAUGGCCAAUUGGGCGUUUAA